GAAUCAGUUGCGGUUACCACCGAGUCGAAACAAUCAGAAUGAUUAAUUUGUGUUAAUUAUGGUGACAGGCAAAGCAGGUGGUGGACAGAUUUUUCCAAACGUCUGAAAAUCAGUUACUCAAAAUUCCAGUUUCUACAUUCCACAUGGCACAGUCAAUCAAACUAGAUCAGCAAUUCAUCAAUUUUGCAAAAUUCGGCGACACGAAAGCUGAUGGAAAAACCAUCACUCUCACCCAGGUGGACAAAUGGUUCAAACAGGCGCAGGUUUUCGAUAAGAAGCUGACUCAAACAGACACCGGCAUCGCCUUCAACAAGUUCAAGUCCAAAACGAUAACGUUCCCGAACCUGCUCACGUUUAUCGAAGAUCUAGCGGGGCAGAAGAAAAUGGAACCUGAUGAAAUCAAAAGUAAACUGAUGGAGUGUGGCCCGCCGGGCACCAACAAGGCAACAGCCGCUGUUCAUACGGGGGCUGUUGAUCGACUUACAGACACAUCCAAAUAUACAGGAGCCCAUAAGGAGCGCUUUGAUGCGAGCGGCCAUGGCAAAGGCAAGGAAGGUCGGGAUGAUUUGGCCGAUGAUUCUGGAUAUGUUGGAGGAUAUAAAAAUAAGGAUACAUACGACAAGAAAUGAGGCUAUUAAUUAUUAA